GGGCCAUGUGCGGAUCUCUCUCUUAACAAAAUGUGGUUGUUGCUCUCCUGAUUCUUCCUGAAUUACUGAUUGUACACUCAAAUCUCCAAUCCAGUUUUCCAAUACUUCAUUUCAUCCCUACUGUUUGUUUCCACUAGUGUUUCCAUUCAUUUCAUUAACAAUGGGGUCUGCGCCUAUUCCCUCUGAGACCUACAAGCUAGGGUUCAUCGGAGCUGGUAAAAUGGCCGAGAGUAUAGCCAGGGGGGUUAUUAAAUCUGGCAUCCUCCCUGCUUCUCGUAUCAAAACUGCUCACAAAGGCUCUCGCCGCACCACUUUCGAAUCCUUUGGUGUCGGUGUUGUUGAACAUAAUAAUCAGGUUGUUGAAAACAGUGAUGUGGUGAUAUUCUCUGUCAAGCCACAAGUUGUUAAAGAUGCGAUCUUGCAGCUGAGACCAAUCUUAUCUGAGAAAAAGCUUCUGGUAUCAGUAGUUGCUGGUGUCAAACUAAAAGACCUCCAGGAGUGGGCUGGUCAUGAUCGUUUCAUCAGGGUAAUGCCAAAUACCCCUGCUGCUGUAGGUGAAGGAGCUUCUGUUAUGAGCUUGGGGGCAGGUGCAACACAAGAAGAUGGUGAAAUAAUUGCCAAGUUGUUUGGAGCAGUGGGUAAGAUAUGGAAAGCUGAUGAGAAACUCUUUGAUGCAGUCACCGGGUUGAGUGGCAGUGGGCCAGCAUAUAUAUUUUUGGCAAUAGAAGCUUUGGCUGAUGGAGCUGUAGCCGCAGGUCUACCACGGGAACUUGCACUUGGUUUAGCCUCGCAAACUGUUCUUGGAGCAGCGUCUAUGGCUAGCCAUGCUGGGAAGCACCCAGGUCAGCUUAAAGACGAUGUUACUUCGCCUGGUGGGACCACCAUUGCUGGGGUUCAUGAGCUUGAGAAGUCUGGAUUUCGUGGGAUAUUAAUGAAUGCAGUUGUUGCUGCUGCAAAGCGUAGCCGCGAGCUUUCCCAGAAUAAUUAGUUGGUCUAGAAUCAAGAGUUGAUUUGAAUGUUGACUAGUCUCUAUUUGGAGCAGGCACUUGAAUUAAUAAUUUUUAUUUACCUCACGGUUGGAUAGAUAAAUGUUUGGAUUUUUGCGAUUAUUUUUUAACAGGAAUUGCUGAAUCAUUGGCUUAUCAAA